GCGACGAGCUGAAAUUCUGCGGAGCCGGAGUGGGACUGCUCUGUAAGGCACUCAGUGGUUUGCAGAGUGAUAGCUGCAGACAGAACUCCCUGCCCUGGAUAAGGAGCAGCUACAGUCGCUGUAAAUGUGCCUGAAAAGCAAUUUCCAAUCUUUGCGUUAGCAGGCAUUUCGGCCGCGGAAGAGGAGGGUCGGAGGGCUGGGAGUGAGCGCUGCCCGGGAGACGCUGACUGCCAGCACCGGAGUUCCCGGGGACGCCGUGCCCCCACUUGCCCGGCGUGCGGGAUCGGGAAAGUGCCUGGACCUGCGCGGGGGGACCUGCGCCCCGCCUCCUCCCCGGAGGAGAACCCCCAAACCUCGCUGCCUUCACCACCACCCCUCAAAAAGCCGGUAAAAAAUAAAAUAAAAAAUUCCCCCCCCAACCCCCGCCAUCCGCGGAGAGCGGCGGCUCGGCCUCGCAGGCGUGUGCUCCAGCUUGCCUGCGCGGCUCCGUGACCCGCCCGCGGACGCCGGUUCGAGCCCCGUCCCGGGCGCCGCGGAGCCUCGAACGUCCGUGACGUGGAUUUUCACGCGUCAGGAGGCCGCCACUCCCGCCUUUCCCGCGAGGAGCGACUGGAACCCGAGAAGAACUGUGGUCCGAGCACGCACCCUUAUCCCCGCCGCUCCCUCGCUUGCUUUCCGGAGAGACCCGGAAAGCCCUCCCGAAGGGAAUUGUUUUCUGGCUCUCGGAGGGGGCUGCAGGAGAAGAGCCCCGGAGGUGGAUGUUACUGAGCUGCGCGGCGCACGCGAGCUGUGAGGAGUCUACGCCCGGCCGCGCGGAGUCUCCGGAGGAUUGUCCCCCGCAGCCGGAAGGGGGCCGCGGGGAGCGCUCCUGCCCGGCGGGGACGGUGGAGGCCGCGGGCCGACCGGCCGCAGCUCGGGCCAUGCCUCCCCGUUCUCCUCGCCGCGGUUGAUGCGGGGCGUGCACGCAGCCGCCCGCACCGGGACCCGGGCCGGGUUGCACGGCUUGGCCCCCCGCCCCCGCUUCGGCCUAGGAUUUCAGAUGCAUGCCAGGUUUCCACUGAUUGCCGGAAUUCAAGAUCACUACACAUGGAUCCCCAAAAUCAACAUGGCAGUGGCAGUUCAAUAGUUGUGAUCCAGCAGCCUGCUUUGGAUAACCGUCAGAGGUUAGACUAUGAGAGAGAGAUUCAGCCUGCCGCUAUUUUGUCCUUAGACCAGAUCAAGGCCAUCAGAGGCAGCAAUGAGUACACAGAAGGGCCAUCAGUGGUGAAAAGACCUGCUCUUCGAACAGCACCAAGACAAGAAAAGCAUGAAAGGACUCAUGAAAUCAUACCAAUUAAUGUGAAUAAUAACUAUGAGCAUAGACCUACCAGCCACCUGGGACAUGCGGGACUCUCAAAUAAUACCAGAGGCCCCAUAUUGAGCAGAUCAACCAGCACUGGAAGUGCAGCCAGUUCUGGGAGCAACAGCAGCGCCUCUUCUGAGCAGGGGCUGUUAGGAAGGUCACCGCCAACCAGACCAGUCUCUGGUCACAGGUCUGAAAGGGCGAUCCGGACCCAGCCCAAGCAACUGAUUGUGGAUGACUUAAAGGGUUCCCUGAAAGAGGACCUGACACAGCACAAGUUCAUUUGUGAACAGUGUGGGAAGUGCAAGUGCGGAGAAUGCACAGCUCCCAGGACCCUGCCAUCCUGUUUGGCCUGUAACCGGCAGUGCCUUUGCUCUGCUGAGAGCAUGGUGGAAUAUGGAACCUGCAUGUGCUUGGUCAAGGGCAUCUUCUACCACUGCUCCAAUGACGAUGAAGGGGAUUCUUACUCGGAUAAUCCUUGCUCCUGUUCACAGUCACAGUGCUGCUCUAGGUACCUGUGUAUGGGAGCCAUGUCUCUGUUUUUACCUUGCUUACUCUGUUACCCUCCUGCUAAGGGAUGCCUGAAGCUGUGCAGGGGGUGUUAUGACUGGAUCCAUCGCCCUGGGUGCAGAUGUAAGAACUCCAACACGGUCUAUUGUAAGCUGGAGGGCUGCCCCUCCCGGGGUCAGGGUAAACCAUCAUGAUUUUUGGAGGUGGGUUGGGCCUCCUGAACUUCUAGCUUUCAAGCUGUGGCUGUUAUGAAAAGAUCCUGUUAGAUACUGGUUUUAUUUUCUUUGCAGUUUUUCCCUGUUUCCCACAUUCUCUCCCCCUCUUCCCAAGGUUUGACUCAUGGAUUUUACUCUAAUGGUUGAUCUUCAGUAACAGUGAACUGUGAAACUGCACCUGGCUCCCCCUUAUGACAAGAGCCUCUGCCAUCCGCUCAAGAGGAUAUUGAGAGCCAGUGGGCUUUUGUGUAGCCGUUUUGUUCUGCAAGCAACUUUCCAAAGUUGUGCACGUGAACAUACCCCCACACACACCCAGACUACAGUGAUUUAGAGCUGUUUUUGAUUGGGUACUCUGGGAGCAGGGAAAUUGGUUUUUUAAAGAGGCAACCAUUUAAUUGCUUAAAUAAGCUAUGUAUUAAAUCUGUCUCCAAUUAGGGCGCUCUUCAUAGCAUUGGACCCUUAAGUGGCAAGGGGGAUAUGUUGCUGUUAUAACAUUAAAAUUCUCCUUUAACCACUGCCUUCUCCUUCUUGCCCCUCAACGUUCUCUCCCCUCAGUUCUGGCAUUAUCUUAUCCUAGAGAUGCCAGUUUUGUUUUCUGGGUUUUUUUCCCGUGUAAUUUUAGAUUCGCUUUACAAUAUAAAUCUUCACAUUGGAGAUAUAUUAGUUGUAUCUUGUUCAUCCUCAUUCAAAGCUUUCAUAUUUGUGAAGGACUCGGCUCCCUUCCGUACCCCCACGCUUUUCACCAAAUUACUCUGGUCACUGAGGGCACUUGGAUGACUGAAGUUGAUAUUUAUAGCUGAUCGAUCUAUACGUGUCACAGAACUAUGCUGCCUAAAGUGAUCUUGGCUCCUUAAUGGUUUUUGGACCCUUUGGUUAGUUAACAGCUGAGUAGUUCUAAUCUUUUCUGUUUUCAUUGCCUUAACCACAAAUUGUGGUGCUUUUUGUAUAUUUUAUGUAUAAAUCACAAAGUUGAAUUCUGACUAUUUUUAAGACAAAAGUCUGUUAAACUUUUUUAUUGUAAAGAAUAUUUAUUAUGCGAAUCUAUUAUUUUAUGAUAUUUAUUGCAAAAACUGUUGAAAUGUACUCAUGUCUGAAUAUAACAAAAUAUCAAUACAUAACGGAAAAUAAGGUGACACCAAGAAAGUACAUAUGUUAACUAUAAUGCAGAAAAUAUAUUAAUUAAUGAACCUGUCUCUUGAUUUCUUCAUUUAUUAGCCUGUACUGUUGUGGUGAUUUUUGUCAUUUGCUUCGACUCUUUCGUCAUGCAUACCCCUUUUCUUUCUUUCCCUUAACAUACCAAAUCUAGAUGCAAGUGAGCUCAAAUUUUGAACUAGAUGUUUCCUGGAAAAUGCAUUAAUCAAGAUUUUGUAAUCCAAAUUGUGUUUCAACAAAUGCCUGAGUAAAUCACUUUACAGAGUGAAAAAACUUUGUAAUUAGUGUUAACAAUUCCUGCCACUUUUGGUUAUUUUGUAAGCAAGGGGUUUUGUGUAUGUCAUAGUUUCUUGCAAUGGGACGUAUUUGUAAGUUUUAAAAAAUGUUUAUCUUAACUCUCUUGGAUUAGUCAAAAAUUCGUUUUCAUCCACAAAACUUAAAGGACUUAGUUCUGCAGGCAUGCUUGGAGUCUCUGGCACUGUCACUUUAAUAAAACAUUCUAAAAGUUAAGAGUGCACCAAGGGAAUAGUUAACAUUAUCAAAGAGAUGUUUUAAAAACAUUCCAGUCCCUACCUUUUCAUUUCGUUUCAUAAGUCUCUAAUGUGACCUGAUCAAAUAACAUUUUGACAUGUUUUGUGGAAUAAGGAAUCUGAGGGCCCUGAAACUUUAUAUAAAGAAAGUAAAUAUUUUUAGUUUUUAGUCUGCUGAAGUUACGACAUGGUUAGAAUCUUUGGGUCUGAUAAAAUUUUGUGCAUGUGACCCCUCAGACUCAGUUUCACGAACUCCUCCCUAUGCCUAAGUGAUGUGUCAAAGCUGAAUAAUCUGCAUUUGAGAAUAAGAUGUUGACAUAAUAUGAGCCCAGGAUUUAGGCUGUCAAAACUCUUACCCAGCGUUUUUGUUUUGGUUGUCUCUUUACAUGAUUUGGCUACUAGUUUUGGAGUACUUACUCUUUGUAAAUAGGCUUUGAUUUUGGUUUAAUCUGACAAGACAUAAGUGGUAGAAACUUGUUUUAAUGCUUUUCCAUCAAGCCACUAACCUAUUAGUUGGCAUUGUGACGUUUGAUAUAAUCAAGUAUUUGCGCUCUGAAAGCAGAAACUUUUUUUUUAAUGAGUAUUUGUGUUUUGGAGGCCAUUUCAUAAUCUACAGUAUUUCAAAAUGUGAAUUUAUUUCCUCUUGUACUCAAGUUAUGUGAUGAUAUCACCGAUUCCUUAAUAUUGAAUAUUUCAUUGACGUUUCGCUCCUUAAUGAAGUGUAUAGACAGACUCCCUCAAAAUAACUGUGUAUAACUUUUUUCUGUUAUUUAGACCCUUCGUAUAAUUAGGAAUUGGUAUAAGAGCUGUCUGUAGCUAUACUAACCAGACUAAGAAGCUGUAGCUUUUACUGAAAGAAAUUUAUAACUUUUAUGAGAAAUGAGGUAUGCUGUGGAGUUUUAACUUCAGGCUAUACGGGGAAUACAUUAAAAUGACAAUAUUAAGACGGUAGUCUCAGGCCUGUAUUUGGAAGUAGCAAUAGGUUAGAGGUUCAGACGUCUAACAUGCUUGUCAGGUGCAAAGCGUAAAUACUUUGAUUCAAAACUGCCUCCAUUGUGAUGGUUUAAACCUAGAAGGAAAAAAUAUUAGGGUGUGUCUUCAUGAAUGCUUAUGAGUCCUAUGCUUUUUAAUACUGAUGAUCAUUUUAAAGUGCCAUGGCUUUGAAAGCAUCCGCAAAGCUGAAAUUUCUUAUAAAUUCCACUGCCAUUUAUUUGAUACUGCCCAGUGAAAAAUACCAAAUAGAGGGGUUAACCUUUCCUUUUUUAUUCCACAAUUUUGUCCCUCUUCCUCAGCCACUACAGCUUGACAGAAUGAAUAUUUUUGUUAAAUAGUUCCUUUCCAGCAUAUUUUCUGAGUGCCAUUCUUUUCAUUCCAAGAAGUUUUAUUUAGAUAAUUUAAUUGUGAAUAAAACCAAUGCAGGAUUGCUGUAAUUGAGUAGUUUCCCGUCAACAGUUUAUAAAAUGUCACUCAGCAGAAAAAUGGAAUGUGAAAAAACAGAUAUGCUUCUUUUUGUGAAGGCCUAAGGUGAAUCCUUAAAUGAUAGUCUGUUAUAAUUAUUAUAUGGUUUUCAAAAUCCAAACCAUAGAAUGAACAUUCCAGUUAUGACUAAGAAAAAUAAAAAACAGUGGUUUUUAAAGUGAAAGGAAGGGAGUUAAAAACUAAUGUUUUUACCCUAAAGUUAAUAUUGGAAUCAAACUCAGAGGGUUCAUUUCCAGAAGAUUGAUUUAAUUUUUUAAACUGUCUCCUUUUCCUAAAUCCUCUUUUUGUUGAGUAAUGUUAUUUCAUGGCAGUUUUUAUGUAUAGCUCUUUAGCAAAAAAGUACAAUCCCAUUUUUAAACAUGUAUAUAUAUUGCAAGAGAAAGUUUGGCAUCAUUUUUUACACAUCUUGAAAACAAAACUUUAAAUCCCCCUUUUGGCCAAUUGACAAUUGGGGGACUUUUUUUUUCCAUUAUUUCACUUUAGAUAAGACAGCCAUGUACUUAAUUGACCAAGUUAUUGAUUCUUCUGAUAUUCUCUUGGACUAUUACCAAGCCAUUUUGCUACAUUGAUUGAACCCCUACUAUGUGCAUUAUUCCAUAUGCAGAAGAAUUCUAGAGCUAGAAAUAGCUAUCAGAAUAUACUUGCUUUAUGUUUCUCAACCAUAUGUGAAAGUAAAUAUGUCACUAGUUAAAAAUCAGAAGUCUGUGUCAUAGCUCAGACCUACUCUACCAGAAGGAUCUCCAGGAGAGGAGCUUGAUAUUCUUAAUUUCAAAAAGCUUCUUGGGUGAUUCUAUCAGGCAAUUUUGGAGUCGCUUUUUUAGUUUGAUGUCUUCAUUUUGAGAAUGUAGAAACAAAGCCCUGGCUUGAGAAAUGUUCAUGAUAGCUAGCAUAGAACCAGGACUCUUCAGAUACAGGAUUUUCUUCAUUUCUUGGCAGCAAACCUGGUACCUUUAUGUUACACGUUAGCCUUUACCAUUUCGUUCUUUUUACCAGAACGUGUUUCCUUCAUAAUUAAUCAAUUUGACCAUAAUUUAGGAAAUGGAAUGUUUUUUCUGCAUAUAUUAUUUGCACUUAGCUGUCAGGAAUAAGUAGCAAAUGACUUAAUUUCCAUGAUUAUUUUUCAUAUGUUAUUAUUAAAGUUAACAGCUUCUUCUGAAAACAGCAUGUGUGCUUCCCCUGGCCACGUGCAUAUGGUAAUAAUGGAACAAACGGAUUCGAUCAGUUUGUAAAAGAUAAUAGUAACUUGGCAUCUAGAUUUAAGAACUUGUGUGAUGGUACUUCUUGCUGUUAUUCUGGUCGUUUCAGGAUUACAGUGAUUAAAAAGCAGAUUUAAAUGUUCUAUUUUGUACUAUUAAAAAGAUUGAUGUUAAAGUCAGAUAGUCGAGUCAUACUAGGUAUGGCAAUAACUCUAAGAGAAAAAGCCAUCAGAGAACCUAGAACUCUUUUGAACUAGGUAAUUUGGGAAAAUAUACUAAAAGCUUCUGUCGUUCACUAGUAAGUAGUCCGAGAGCUUGUUUGGAUAAAAUAAUCAUAGAACCAUACUUUUAGUGGUAGAAAGAAACUUAGACGUCAUCUAUUGCAUCUUCUUUAGAGAUGAGAAAGCCCGGUUCAGAGAUGUUGCUUACCUAAAGUCAUGAUCUAAUUGCCAAAAUAAAAUAAACUUUAUUAAAAACUGCUUGCUGCAUAUGUACGUUUGGUAGAAGAUCGGAAGAAAGGAGAGGUUGGUUGUGGGGGGCAAGACCAACCUCUAAACCAAAGUUUCAGGUUAAUUUGUAAGUUAUAAAAUUUAACAAGUUUGUGAAAGCACAAUGGACGAACGGUAGUCCAAGGCAGAGAAGUAAGUGCCGUAAGAAAGGAAUCAGACAAAAGGAGCUGAAUAAAUUUGAUGUAAGAAAGCAAGGUGAGUAUUUGAGAAAACUGAGUUCCAGUUUGGCUAGCAGCGGUUCUCAACUUCAGCUGUACAUUAAAACCACCUGGAAGUAAAACAACAACAAACAAAACCUGUGCCCUGGGUGGGGCUUUGUCUUUUGUCUCUCUUCCAAGCACCCCAGAUGAUUCUAAGACACAGCCGCAGUGAAGAGCCUCUGAAUUAGAUUAUAGGUAAGUGUAGAAGAAUUAUGGGAGAUUAAAAUGGCAGCUAUUAAGGUAAGAGGCCAAUUUAGAAAAAGAAAGAAGUAUUAAGGGUCAGAACUAGGUUGGAGGUUAGUAGGAAUGGAAAGAAGGAGGCAACGUGAGAAGUAAACCUAAAGGGCUUUGCAGUUAUUUGUAUGUGGGGUUGAGAAGGAGGAAAGAAUUGAAAAUGAUGCUGAGGUUUUGGACCAAGGUGAAUAGGCAAACAACGGUAGCUCUGUUAAGAGAAAUGGGUGGAAUUAGUUUAGGAGGUAUGUGGGGUGGGAAAGUUAUGAGUUCUAUUGGGAUAAACUCUUACAGUGCAGGUGAGUUGCCAGAAGGUAACUGAGAAAAAAGUCUAGAAUUUAAGAGAGGUGGGUGAUGGCCCAUCACCCACAUGGGGGUGAGAGGGAACCUGUAGCAUAGAUUUUUUUCUAAGGGAAAGAAUGGAACUAAAAGCAGGCUAGGAACAAAACCUUGAGGAACAUGCCUAUAUUUAGGAGGCAUAGCUGGGAUUUAGAACCAACAGAGGGAUGUUCAAAGAAGCAUAGGCACUGAAGGAUUGGUAUGUUUUAGAAUCCAAAGGAGACUUUCAAGAUGGAAAUUAGUAACUAAAUGUCAAAAGCUGUGCAGACUCCCAACUAAAUUUGGUGGGUGGUAUUUAGGUGAAAUUGUGGUAAUAAAAACCAGAUUGCAUGGGAUUUAGUGGGUGGUGAGUACAAUGCAAGUAACAGCUUUAGACUAUUCUAGAAAUUUUGAGAUGAUAGGAAAGUAACUAGAGAGGUAACAGCUGAAGAGGAUUUUUAGAAUAACAGAAACCUGCGCCUUCUUGUAGGGCAAGAACAAGGGCAAUUGAGAAAGACGGAGCAGAGGAAAGAGCUGAAGGAACGCAAUUCCAAAAUAGAGAGGAGGGGACAGAAGACAGCACAACGAGGGCUCUUUAACCUUGGCAACAAUGGUUCUUCUCCCAGAGGAAAGAACAAAAGGUGAGAAGGAAGAAGACACAGUGGCACUUUAAGAGGCAGAAGAGGGACGUUACAGAAAUGUACCCUGAUUUUGGUAAAUAGAGGUUGGACUUCUCUUGAAAGUUAAGGUGCAUUAAGGGACUGACCUGGUUCUUGAGAGCAGAGUCUGGAAUGGCUAGAGGUGGGGAUGCUAACGCGUGGUCAACAGCAACUGAUGAAGAGCAGUGCUUAGAGCUCAGCUCACAUGGAACCGGAAAUUUGGGGGGAGCCACUAAGUGUUUUUCCAGGUUUUAUCAAGACAGUCCUUGUAGCUGGUUAGAGGGGCAGUUAAGGCAGAGAAUAAGGGACCAUUAAGAAAUGGUGGGGCUUCCCUGGUGGCACAGUGGUUGAGAGUCCGCCUGCCGAUGCAGGGGACACUGGUUCGUGCCCCGGUCCGGGAGGAUCCCACAUGUCGCGGAGCGGCUGGGCCCGUGAGCCAUGGCCGCUGAGCCUGCGCCUCCGGAGCCUGUGCUCCGCAGCGGGAGAGGCCACAACAGUGAGAGGCCCGCGUACCGCAAAAAAAAAAAAAAAAAAAAAAAGGGUGAGUUUGAAAGAGGUCAGGAAUUUUCGGGCAGCAGUCUGAGUAUUUGAUGAAAUGACUGGGCAGAAGAGUUCCAAUGAGGAUGAAAUACAGGCUUACAGAGAGUAUAGAAAGAGCAAAGGUAGACAGCUGAGGACAGAGGAGAAUUUUCAAGUCAAGAUCUUAGAAGGUGGGCCAUUUUCAAAUGCUGAGGAUAUCUGGGGUUUCUCUGUGCUCAUGGAUUGCUGAGGCAGAGAAGAGAUUUUUGGAGCAAAAGAUGAAGAGGACGAGAAAACAGGCCAAUGUGUUAAGAGUUGUUAAUUUAAGUAUUAAAAUGUUGGAGCUGGAGAGGAAAAUUUAGAGGCUGGUGUUUAUGUUUGGAAAGGAUGUUUUUGGACACUUUAACUUGUUUUUAAGCUAAUGGAUUAUAAAGUAAGUAAUUAUGAUCUGAUAAAAAUGUAAGAUUUCUUAAAAAGGAAUGAACUAGUGGAGUAGAAUUUAUUUCAAAUGGGACAUGCUCCAUUUAUAGCACAAAUGAUCUGUUAACAAAAUCUGUUACUGAAUAAAGAAAAUAUCUUCAUGAAAAUUGAUUGACCAGUCAAUUCCGUCAAAAUAAUACACAGAGCCAGGAGACCUUCUGCCUUCCCC